GAAUAGCUACGUUCUUUUUCAGCAGUACUUCAUAUGGCAUUGUGUGAUCUUGAGAUCCUUCACUGAAUAUUGUGGAAAGCCUGGAAUAGAGGAAGGUUGAUGGAGUUUUAAAGUCAUGAUCUUUUCUUGAGGUGCAUGAACAGCGCAGGAGAUAAUUUUGCUUUUCAGGGAUGAUGUGGAAAGAGACUUUGGGAGUUACUAAUCUUGACGGCAUGGAUCAUUCUGUGCUCAGAGGGGAGAUGUCUGCAGUUCUUCAUGACAGAUCGCUAGUGGAAGAGGAAGAUCCUCACAUGAAAGUAUCGCUUGGUAGCAGCGAUAUGGGAGUGUCUGCCCAUCUACAGUCUUCAAAGACAGGGACCACAAGAUUUUUCACCAGCAACACUCAUAGUUCUGUGGUAUUACAGGGAUUUGACCAACUGCGAAUAGAAGGUUUACUUUGUGAUGUGACGCUAGUACCAGGUGAUGGUGAUGAAGUAUUUCCUGUUCACAGAGCUAUGAUGGCAUCAGCUAGUGAUUACUUCAAGGCAAUGUUCACAGGUGGAAUGAAGGAACAAGAUUUAAUGUGCAUUAAGCUUCAUGGUGUGAACAAAAUAGGUCUAAAGAAGAUUAUUGAUUUCAUUUAUACUGCAAAACUUUCUCUUAACAUGGACAACCUUCAAGACACUCUAGAAGCUGCCAGCUUUUUGCAGAUUUUGCCAGUUUUGGACUUCUGUAAAGUGUUUCUGAUAUCUGGGGUUUCGUUAGAAAAUUGUGUUGAGGUUGGGCGGAUUGCCAAUACGUACAAUCUUACAGAAGUGGAUAAAUAUGUUAAUAAUUUCAUCCUGAAGAACUUCCCCGCAUUAUUAAGCACCGGUGAGUUUGUGAAACUCCCCUUUGAACGUCUUGCCUUUGUGCUUUCAAGCAAUAGCCUUAAAAACUGCACUGAGCUCGAACUCUUCAAGGCUGCUUGUCGCUGGCUACGGUAUGAGGAGCCUCGAAUGGAAUAUGCUGCAAAACUCAUGAAGAAUAUCAGAUUUCCUCUGAUGACACCACAGGAUCUUAUUAAUUAUGUACAAACAGUGGAUUUCAUGAGAACUGACAACACGUGUGUGAAUUUGCUUUUGGAAGCCAGCAACUACCAAAUGAUGCCGUACAUGCAGCCAGUCAUGCAGUCAGAAAGAACUGCCAUUCGAUCAGAUAAUACUCAUUUAGUAACAUUGGGGGGAGUGUUAAGGCAGCAACUGGUUGUCAGCAAAGAAUUACGGAUGUAUGAUGAAAAGGCACACGAAUGGAAAUCAUUAGCUCCCAUGGAUGCACCAAGAUACCAGCAUGGCAUUGCUGUGAUUGGAAACUUUCUUUACGUAGUUGGCGGGCAGAGCAAUUAUGAUACAAAAGGAAAAACAGCGGUUGACACAGUCUUCAGAUUUGAUCCCCGCUAUAAUAAGUGGAUGCAAGUUGCAUCUUUAAAUGAGAAGCGAACCUUCUUCCACCUAAGUGCUCUCAAAGGACAUUUAUAUGCAGUUGGAGGCCGAAAUGCAGCGGGUGAACUAGCCACAGUGGAAUGUUACAACCCAAGAAUGAAUGAAUGGAGUUAUGUUGCAAAAAUGAACGAACCCCACUAUGGUCAUGCUGGAACGGUGUAUGGGGGAUUAAUGUAUAUUUCAGGUGGGAUUACCCAUGAUACUUUCCAAAAAGAACUGAUGUGCUUUGACCCCGACACGGACAAGUGGACUCAGAAGGCUCCGAUGACGACAGUCAGAGGGCUGCACUGCAUGUGUACUGUUGGAGACAAGCUUUAUGUUAUUGGUGGAAAUCACUUCAGAGGCACGAGCGAUUAUGAUGACGUUCUAAGCUGUGAAUAUUAUUCGCCCACCCUAGACCAGUGGACUCCAAUUGCUGCUAUGUUGCGUGGGCAAAGUGAUGUCGGGGUUGCUGUCUUCGAAAAUAAAAUCUAUGUUGUUGGAGGGUACUCUUGGAAUAAUCGUUGUAUGGUGGAAAUAGUCCAGAAAUAUGACCCGGAAAAGGAUGAGUGGCACAAGGUCUUUGACCUCCCAGAAUCCCUUGGUGGCAUCCGAGCCUGCACUCUUACAGUUUUCCCACCAGAAGAUAACACAGGGUCACCUUCUAGAGAGUCACCUCUUUCAGCACCUUAA